AUCACAGUCGAUGGAUUUAGCUCAUCCAUUUGUUUUUCAUUAGUUGGAGGACUUCCAAAUAGCUGCCUCAGGCUUCACCUAAUUCGGCCUCACUUCAUUUUUCUCCAGUGGCUGGGGUUGGUGAAAGCGGGUCUCGCGCCGUGGGACCGGAAAAAGUUAGUUGAAUCGUAAUCCAUUCGAAAAAUUCCUUAAAUUCCACUCCAAAUAUCGAAAACCCAUUUGAUUUUUCUGGAGGUUUCUUCUGGGAAGAAUCGGUGAUGGAUUUCUCACAGUCUUUAGAUCCGCAAAUCCUUCUGGGUUUGGCUGUGGCUGGUUUAGCCCUUGUCGUUGGCGCUCUCUAUGUAUUAUCCUCGUCUAAAAAAAGCAAAUCCAGAGGUUGCUUGGAUCCAGAGAUAUUCAAGGAGUUUAAACUUAUCAAACGCGUGCAGCUGAGCCAUAAUGUGGCAAAGUUUACAUUUACACUCCCAAAUCCUACUUCAGUUUUGGGUCUUCCCAUUGGACAACAUAUAAGUUGCAGGGGCAAGGAUGGCCAAGGUGAAGAGGUCAUCAAACCGUACACACCGAUUACUUUGGAUUCUGAUGUUGGAUAUUUUGAGCUCGUCAUAAAGAUGUAUCCCCAAGGAAGGAUGUCGCAUCAUUUCCGACAGAUGCGUGUUGGCAAUUUUCUUGCUGUAAAGGGGCCCAAGGGGCGUUUCAGGUAUCAACCUGGCCAGGUCAGAGCAUUUGGGAUGCUCGCUGGAGGCUCCGGCAUUACUCCUAUGUAUCAAGUUGCUCGAGCAAUAUUAGAAAAUCCAAAUGACGAGACGAAGGUACAUCUCAUUUAUGCCAAUGUCACCUAUGAGGACAUUCUUUUAAAGGAGGAGUUGGAUCUUCUUGCCAAAAGGUACCCAGAUAGCUUCAAGCUCUAUUAUGUCUUAAACCAGCCUCCUGAAGAAUGGGAUGGUGGCGUCGGAUUCGUAUCGAAGGAGAUGAUUCAAACCCACUGCCCCGCUCCUGCUUCUGAUAUUCAGGUUUUAAGAUGUGGGCCACCACCAAUGAACAAGGCCAUGGCUGCUCAUCUUGAAGCUCUUGGAUAUGCACCUGAGAUGCUGUUCAUGUUCUGAGCCUUCCUCAACCUCCUCACUAGAGCUAAGCAUCAUUUAUUUUUCUUCCCCCUUCUAAACUUUGAACAUUAUGUACUGAGAGGAUGUUGCCUUAGCUCUUUUCACUUUGCAAUGUUGUUGAACUUUGAUGCCAUCAUUAACAUCAACUCUUAGAGCUAUCGAGAGUCUAGACUUGUAACAA